AUGGCGCCCGAGCGGCGGCGGCGGCUGUGCAUCGCCAUGUGCUGCGACUUCUUCUUCCCGCGCUUGGGCGGCGUGGAGAUGCACAUGUGGUCGCUCUCGCAGUGCCUGCUGCGGCGCGGCCACAAGGUCAUCGUGCUCACGCACGCCACCCCCACGCAGCGCGCGGGCGUGCGCUACAUGACGCACGGCCUCAAGGUCUACUACCUGCCGGUGACGCCCGUGGUGGACAACGUGACGUACCCGACGUUCGUGGGCCACUUGGCGCUGUUCCGGGCCAUCUGCGUCCGCGAGCAGGUGCAGAUCGUGCACGGCCACCAGGCCACGUCCACCUUCAUGCACGAGUGCCUGCUGCAGGCCAAGGCGCUGGGCCUGGGCGUCAAGACCGUGUACACGGACCACUCGCUCUUCGGCUUCGCGGACGCGGCCAGCGUGCACCUCAACAAGGUCAUGAAGUUCUCCAUGUCCACGGUGGACGCGGCCAUCGGCGUCUCACACACCUGUCGAGAGAACCUCGUGCUGCGCGCGUCGCUGCGGCCCGACAGGGUGGCCACCAUCCCCAACGCCGUGGACGCCACCAAGUUCGCGCCCCCGUCGCCGGCCACGCGGCUCGGGCCGGACGACCCCAUCACGGUCGUCAUCAUCUCGAGGCUGGUCUACCGCAAGGGCAUCGACCUGGUGGCCCGGGCCAUCCCCAUCGUGUGCGCGCGGGACUCGAGAGUGCGCUUCCUGAUCGGCGGCGACGGGGCCAAGCGACUGCUGCUCGAGGAGAUGCGGGAGAAGUACCGACUGCACGACCGCGUGACGCUCUACGGCGCCGUGCCCCACUCCCAAGUGCGCGACGUGCUGUGCCAAGGCCACAUCUUCCUCAACAGCUCGCUGACCGAGAGCUUCUGUAUCGCGAUCCUGGAGGCCGCAGCGUGCGGGCUCUUUGUGGUGAGUACGCGCGUGGGCGGAGUGCCAGAAGUGCUGCCCCCUGACAUGGUGCAGUUCGCUGCGGACAUCACGCCCGAGGCGCUCGCGGAGGCGGUGCUGGCCGCGGUGCCUCGACUGGCCGGCGUGGAUCGACAGGAGUUCCACGACCGAGUGGGGAAAAUGUACAACUGGGAUGCGGUGGCUGUGCGCACGGAGAAAGUGUACGAGAAGGUGUGCGCUCUGCCCGACAGCUCGCUGCUCCACCGUCUGCAGCUGUAUCAUGGAAUCGGCCCAGUGGCCGGGAUGUUGGCUUGCGUCAUUGCUGCGGUCUUGCAUUUGUACGUCGUGUUUCUCGAGUGGUGGCAACCUGCGGCUGACAUCGAGCGGGCGCUUGAGUGGACACCGAUCUCUCUCCAAAGUGAUGAUGGCGAUGAAACAACUGGGCAACUGGGCGUAGACGAAUGA